GAGAUAUUUAUAGAAAGAAAAGCAAUCACAAAUAGACACCCCCACCAGCAGCAUCCCACCGUCACUCCAUGUUAUUUGUCUAGAAAUCUCUAUUCUCCCCACAGCACCAUAAUUUCUCUCUCUCUCUCUCUCUCUAAACUCCUCUCUCUCACCCAUAUUGAUUUCAAAGAUCAACCAACACUCUUGAAGCACAGUUAUACAUACACAAUCCUGCUGCAACAAUGGCUGUUUUUGUAGUGUGUUUAUUGCUCUUCUUUGCCAUGACUGGUCAUUCAAGUGCUACUUAUUGCAUAUGCAAAGAUGGACAGAGUGACUCAGUUCUUCAGAAGAGCAUAGACUAUGCUUGUGGAGCAGGAGCUGAUUGUACUCCAAUCCAACUAAAUGGUGCUUGUUACAACCCUAACACAGUAAAAGAUCACUGUAACUAUGCUGUUAACAGCUAUUUCCAAAAGAAAGGUCAGGCAACCGGAAGCUGUGAUUUUUCAGGCACUGCCACCAUUUCUCAAUCUGCCCCAACUUCCCAAACAACUACAUGUGUUUAUCCUGCAAGUUCCAGCGGUACAACCCCAACACCCACCACCCCAUCAACAACACCACCGUCAACCACCACACCGCCAUCAACCACCACCCCAACAACACCACCACCGACAACUACCACCCCGACAACAACGCCACCGACAACUACCACCCCGACACCACCUUCAACCACGACUCCAUCCACAACCACACCCUCGACUACAACUCCAGGCACCACUCCGACUUUCGGCCUGGCUCCUUCCGGAACCGGCAUCACCAGCACAGACAGUGGCAGCGUGACCAUCCAUCAGAAGACUAACAACUUGUUUUGCUCUUUGGCUCUAACCCUUUUGUUGUCAGGCCUCGUGUUUUUGAGGGCUUGAAGAUACUCUGAAGAUAAUGGAUGGGGGUUGGAUUGUGGAUGAUUUUCUGCCCACUACAGUGGGGUUAGCAGGGAAUCAUCUGGACAGAAGUCCAACUAGGGUUUAUUGUUUUUCUUAAAGGCUGGGAAUUUGAUUCCUUUUAGAUGGUGACAUAUAAUAGCUACUACUGGGGUAGAAUCUAUUUACUUCUUUUAGAUUUAUCCUAUUGUAUAUCUACAUAUUAGUGGGAGAGAAUAUUUUUUUGUUUUAUUGAAAAUUUGCUACCCCCCUUCUAUGA